UCACAAACGAAAGAUUAACAAAGCAAAAGGCGAAAGUAAACAUAGAUAAACCAUUCCAUUAUAAUCGAUCAAAAAAUCGGGUGUACUGCCGGCAAUAUUUAUGGAGAAAGACCCUUUUCCCGAGGACCACCCUCGGCACCUGAUUCCUGAUCUAUGUCGGCUAUUUUACCAGCAUGGCUGGGUGACGGGUACUGGAGGAGGAAUCUCAAUAAGACAUGGAGACAAGAUCUACAUAGCCCCAUCUGGUGUCCAAAAGGAAAGAAUUCAUCCAGAGGAUCUGUUUGUACAAACCAUAGAUGACAUUGACCUUGAUGGCCCUCCGCCCGCCAAGAAACUCAAGAAAAGCCAGUGUACUCCUCUCUUCAUGAAUGCUUACACCAUGGCAGAUGCAGGGGCAGUAAUCCACACCCACUCCAAGCACGCAGUGAUGGCCACGCUUCUGUUCCCUGGCACGGAAUUCCGUAUCACUCAUCAGGAAAUGAUCAAAGGAAUCAAGAAGGGAAACAAACCUGAGUACUACCAGUAUGACGAAGAGCUUGUAGUACCGAUUAUUGAGAAUACUCCGCAUGAACGAGAUUUGAAGAAGCGUAUGGCCAUCGCCAUGGAGGAUUACCCAGAAGCCUGUGCGGUCCUAGUGCGGCGACAUGGUGUCUAUGUAUGGGGACCAACUUGGGAGAAAGCUAAGACAAUGUGUGAAUGUUAUGACUACCUAUUUGAGAUUGCCGUGGAAAUGAAGAAGUGUGGGCUUGAUCCGACUGAGAUUCCUGUUCCUCCAAAAGGAGCAUACACCCAGUUGUAGUCUAAAUAUUAAAAUAUUUAGCUAGUCUAUUUUUCAAAGAAGAAUGUUCUCAUGUUGUAGCCUUGGAGCGUCAUUUGCAUCGCCAAGUUCCUAGAUGCCUCUUUCAGAUGGCCCCAUCACAAUUCUUCAUAACCAUAAAAAUGGCUGAAGUUUGACCUUUUGGUUUUGAAAAAAAAAUGCUAUUACUAUCUGAGUAAAUUACUGAUUAUUUACGGUUUCCAUUUUAGCGCAAAAAAUUAGACGUAAGGUAUUUGAUGCAACAAAUAUGAUUAUAAAUGUUCAGUUUAUUCAAUUGUGGUACAUCUUUUUUUUAUAAACCACAGACAGACAUGAGCUACGUUGAUAGUAAAUAAGUUUAUUUUUAUGACGUUGAACCUCAUCAUCAUUUUUUAUAUUUGUCCAUUACGUUUAUACAAUGAGGUGCACACAAUACUUGUUCAAUAUACUGUGUUCCAAUGUUAAGUCAAUAUAUUUUUUUCUGCUGUUGAUUCUGCAAUCACAAGUUGUGUCAAAAGGCCAAAGCUAGAUUAAACGUGUCCCAUAAGCACUUUGUUUUGCUGUCAGGUUUUUCAAUAAGGCUCUCAAAAACAUUUUUUAGUUUCUAUUUUUCCACCCUUAGAAAUGAAAAAACACCCUGGGUAUAUUGAUCAAUGUCUAGAUUAAGCAAAACAAUUUGAUUUCUUAGAUGUUUAAUGAUUUUAACGGUAAUGUUGUGUGACUCAUGAACUAUAUCAUAUACAGCUUAAUUUCAACCUAUUUUGACCUGCAAAUGUACAUGUUUAUAAUGUUUUCUUUAUGAUGUUCAUGCAUUUGUAUAUGCAUUUCGUUGUUAAGAGUAUAAGCUUUUUUUCUGAUAAACUUUUUUGUUUAGGAUUGAUACAAAAGCAUUUCUUGUUAGAAUUUAUAGAACUUUUUUCUGUUAAGUAUUUGUACAAAAACAUUGCUUGUCAGACUUUAGAGAACUUUUUUUCUGUUAAGUAUUUAUACAAAGACAUUGCUUGUCAGACUUUCGAGACCUUUUUUCUGUUAAGUAUUAAUACAAAAGCAUUGCUUGUUAGACUUUAGAGAACUUUUUUCUGUUGGUUAUUCAUACAAAAACAUAGCUUGUUAGACUUAACAGAACUUUUUUCUGGUUGUUAUUGAUACAAAAGCAUAGCUUGUUAGGCUUAACAGAACUUUUUUCUGGUUGGUAUUGAUACAAAAGCAUAGCUUGUUAGACUUAAGAUAACUUUUUUCUGUUGGUUAUUAAUACAAAAGCAUACAUGUAGCUUGUUAAACUCAGGAAAUCUUUUUCUGAUAUAUUUUUAUACAGAAGCAUGGUUUGUAAGAUUUUAUAUUUCUUUUUCUGUUGGGUAUUGAUACAAAAGCAUAGCUGGUUAACUGCAUACAAAAGCAUAGCUGGUUAACUGCAUACAAAAGCAUAGCUGGUUAACUGCAUACAAAAGCAUAGCUGGUUAACUACAUACAAAAGCAUAGCUGGUUAACUACAUACAAAAGUAAAGCUGUUAAACUUGAAACAUUUUUUUAAAUGAUGGGUAUUGUAACAAAACCAUAGCUUUUUUAACUCCAUGAAUAUGACAACUUACAAUUGCAUGACAUAUUUAUUUAUAAUGUAUAGUGUACAUGUAGUUUUGAAAGAAACUUUAAACAAUUUGAUAAAUGUUAGAACAACUAUAACAUUCAAUGUGGCUGUUGAUAGGAGGCAAUAUUCAUACUUGUGUUGUUUGUUAGAAUCACUUUUAUUAACGUAUUUGUACCCUUGUUGGUUUAUUCUGGGUCUACUUUUUAUUUUUGUAUUGAUCAUGUUAAGAAUACAAGCAUAAUCUUUUAUUAUUUAAUAAAUCAUCAUAUGACUUUUGUCCUUUGGCCACUUUAAAUAAAGUUA